CAAGCCCGAGCCGUGGAAGGAGGCAGCUUGCAGCUAUAAAAGAAAGGCUCCGACGGCGGCGGCUGCUUCGCACAGUCCUCGCUUUUUUGCCAAGGCAAGGCAAGGCAAGGCAAGGCAAGGCAAAGGCGUGGGCGGUGGGUCCACCAAGAGGGGCGAGGAGGGUCGCAAAGGCAGCGAGGGCGCCGCGGGCGAGCCCAAUGCACGGACUAGCCGCCUUCGCAACAUGCUGGAGCUUAGACAGAGCCGGUGCUAACAGGACUUUGCACACAACUGCUGAGGCGGGAUUGCAGCGCUCUCUUUCCUUAUGAAGACGGCACAAACUUGGAUUAUCACUUGCUUUUAUCUUCAACUGCUCCUGCUUCAUCCUCUUGUCAAGACCCAAAGUCCCUGUGGGAAUCCUGUGACGGAUGAUGUGAAUGACAUUGCAAAACUGGUUGGAAAUCUUCCAAAUGAUUAUAUGAUAGCCCUUAAAUAUGUCCGGAAGAUGGAUACGUUGCCUAAUCAUUGUUGGUUGCAUCUGAUGGUACCUGAGCUGUCAAAGAGUCUGAGUAAUCUUCUCAACAAAUUUACAGAGUUUUCAGAUAUGCCAGAUGUCUUGAGUAAUUAUUCAAUUAUCAAUAAUCUUCGAAGGAUCAUCAAUGAUCUAAUGGAAUGCCUGUCAUCUACGAAAUAUAGGAAUUUUAGACAACAUCAUGACCACCUUUAUGAAGAAGGUAGAUUUAUUCCAGAAGAAUUCUUUAAGCACUUUAGUAACACUGUUGAAAGUUACAAAAUAUUGGCAAAAACACCAGUACAAAGCGACUGUGUUUUGCCAUCAACAACAGAGACUCCUCCAAAUGAUUCCAGGCUCAGUGUUACAAAGUCAUUUUUGUCAUAUCCUUUUGCUGCCAGCCAUCUAAAGAAUGACAGCAGUGGCAAUCACAAUAACGAAGCAGCAUUGGGUUUCCUUGGUAGCCCUGGCAUGCAAGGACUGAGCAUAGCGCUAACGUCACUGGUGACUCUUUUUAUUGGCUUUAUUUUGGGUGCUGUAUGCUGGAAGAAAACAGCCCGGAAACAUAUACUAGAAAGUAACCCAACUACACAAGCUAACAUCUGCCAAGAGGAUAAUGAAAUAAGUAUGCUGCAGCAAAAAGACAAAUCCCUUCUACAAGUGUAGCUGUUGCUUUUAAAUAUAUAUACACUGUUACUGUUUCACAUCUGGGCAGCUAACAGUUCCAUGUUUGCUUCAUAAAUGAAGCAGCUUUAAGCAUAUUUGUAUUCCUUUUGGAGUGACAGACUGAGUCUGCAUCUGUUGUUGUUGCCCGAGACUCCAUAUUGAGAAUAGAGAGCUGUGGACAAAGAGUGUGCUACUGUGAAAUCAACGUUGGAUUAAAUAUCAUCAAAGAAGAGUCUGCGCCGAAAGGAACUGGGGCUUUUUUCCAACAUAUGCAGACAAAUGUGUUUCUUUGCAUCUUGAGGUUUGCAGCAGAUUUUGACCAAUGCAGUAAGUGCAUGAACAAAUUGUUAUGGAUUGAUGUGAAUCAAGCCCAAAGUCACAAGGAAAUUUGCAUUUUAUGUGAAUAUGGAGACUGACUAGGAGAGAAAUGGAUGAGAAUAAUCUUCAGCACUGUAUAUAAGACUUGCAAAUAAGGUUAUGCAAUGGACUAAUGUGCUUGCUUGUUUUCACCGGUGGAACUGAAAUAUAAUAUGGGAAGGUCACAUAUGAAAUAAGACUGGGCAUCUAUAGGUGACAUUGAACUCCAUACGAGAGAAAUGCAGCAUAUACUUCAGGAGAUAUAAACAUUGGAACAUGAAAACAGGGCAAGUAUUCUAGGAUGGAAUAUUGAUUGCUGGAUGUAGUGACCUUUUAAGAAAAUGGAAAAUGCAGACAACAUCUGGAAUCCUAUUUAAAAUGCUUAUAAAUAUCCUCCUUUCUUGAUAUUUACAAAAAAAUUAAGAUCUUCUUGAAAAUACCAAGGUUUAGUUUAGCUUUUACUGUAUGUCAUUUAUUUCAAAUGAAUUUUAACAGUAAUACACCUGCCAUCACUUAGCAUUCUCCAUCUAUUAUUAUUAUUAUGAUUAUUCUUAGAUCAUCUGAAAUAAAAUGGAAAACUCUCUUCUUCAUAAUUAUCAGCUUCUUGAUAUUACUUGUAACAAAACUGUGGACAGAAAAUCCAAUCGCCUGUUAUUCACAAAUGUUAAAAGGGACAUUAAAAUGUAUUUAAUUUUUUUCUACAGCAAAUAGGAUUGUGUGUUCUCUGAAGUAGUUGAGUUAUUCCAUAUUCCAAACUCUUAAUCCAAUCAUAAGGUGAAAGCUAUUAUAAGUUUAAUUAAACUAUGUUUAAUAUUUUCAUUUACCAUGCAUUGAUAAAGCUAUCUAUGCUUAAGGAAUACUUAAUUUAAACUGAAAGAUUUUCACAGAUUUAUUUAUUUUUCAUAUCUGUCACAGACUAUUAGAAAUAAUAUAUGGAAAGCUGUAGAAGAUAUUUAGGGUUGAUUGAAAUUGCAUAAAUCAGAUAUUACUUAAUCCCUAUCUAAUAGUUUUUAGCUAGAGAAGAAGCUAAUGGCAUUAGGAGUACCAUGCAACAUGUACUAUGAAGAAGUGAGACUAGUGAUCUUCACAGUUCGUGGCAAAGAGCUGCAUAGCAAUCCAAAUCACAAAGCUGACCUUUUCAGCUAGAGAAAUUUCAGAGCCACCCUGUCCCAUUUGUCACUUGUUGCUCAUAAAUACAGCUGGAUUGAGGCCUAAAACUAUGACUUUCUGAGUCAUUUUAGAGAGAGGUUGACAUCUCUGUACAAUCUCAGUUAUAUAGAAAGACUUGCUUGAAUGAUGCCACGACACAGGUCCUGACUAGGUGAAACCAGAGCUGCAAUCAACAGUCAACAUGACCCAAUAAAUCACUAAAGGCUAAAGGCCUCAUAAACUUCAUUCACAUUUUACAUUCCAGCAAGUGUUCUAUAGAUUAUGUGUGCAAUAUCUGGAACGUAUUUGGAACAAUUAUUCAAAAAGGAACAAAGAACAAAGGUAUUAGAUAAAUAUGACCUUGAAGGUAAUAUUGCAAACUGGUUGGAAUUUAUAGUACAUGUCGUGCAAAGCUUACUUUAUACUGGAAAGUUUAUAAUAAUGCCACAUUCUCUUUACCCUUAAAAUAAGACAAAUUGAAGGUCAAGAGGCACUUACAGGGCCAACUGAAAAUUCCAAGUAUAAUCCUACUGGCAUUACCAUGCUUGCAUAACUAUCGUCGUUCCCAUUUUUAAAAUGUAAAUAACAUCCAUUAGCACAAAGUGAAACAGCAUCCCGUCAAAAGCAAAGCUGAAUAAUCAUUCUGACAGCUCUUUGCAUUUCCUUGGCAUUUUCUGCUUAAGAGAUUUGACUGAGUGAAGCCUUCUCAGUUAAAUGUCACAAGGAUGAAAUUUCACUGCUUACAGUCAUCAUUUGUAAGAUCAACUAAUUUGCAAAGCAGUCAUGUCUAAAGAGUCUUCUCCAUCAGAGACGGGGUCCCUCUGGCGUAGUUAUUUGAUGCCAGAUUUUGGUUCUGCAUAGCUAGCUAUUCUCCAUUUUCUUUUGGUUCAAAGUGACCCAUGGGUAGAUUUGGAAUUCUAGCAUAGCAAAGGUAACUUCUUAACAGUCCUUAACCCUACUCCAAAGAUAAAGCUGGCAUCCUUAAGUCAUGGUUGGGAACUAACCCAAUAUCACAAUAUUAUGUUAUAUUUUCCCUAUCACAGAAAAUAUACUGUGUUUCCUCGAUUCUAAUGGGCUAAUUAUAUGGGCUAAGACAUUUUUUACCCCAUAUAAACAUUUCUGAAAAUGAGGUACCAUCUUAGAAUCAUAGGAUGGAUGGAUGGAUGGAUAUCUUUUUUUCUGCUUGUGGUAUCAAAAUUAGUGUGUGUCUUAUAAUCGAUGGCAUCUUAGAAUCGAAGAAAUAUGGGUAUAUGUAGACAAUGUAGACCCCCCAACACACACAUUUUUUCUCUAAAACGAAAACAAUUCCAGAAGCUUCUGAAAGAUGACACGAUGCUUUGAAUCAAGAUACACCUUCCCUGAUUUCCUUGUUCAUACAUUAAGUGAGGGGAAUUUGCUGCAGCAAAUAAUAUAUUAGACUUUUUUUGCUUCUACAUUGUCAAAAUUUGGCAGGAAGGGUGUUGGGAGCUUACAUCUGGCCUGCAGGCUGUAAAUUGUCUAUCCCCGAGUUAGUAGUUCUUCAUAGCCUUGUUGGCAGAGCUAUAUAAGCUUUAUAAGGCAUCUGCUUUAUCUUCAACUGUGCUAAACUUUGUGAUAUAGUUCCCAAAUGUUUAUUUAGGGUGAGAUUGUGACCAAGAUGGAGAAAGGUCAAACUGCCUUCAAUAAGGAAGUUAAUGUUGACACAUAAAAAAGAUUGAUAAAAUUAGAUACCACUUAAAAUAAUUUAAUAGGGAAGUAAGCCUUCACUGAUUUUCUUCUCAAAGGAAGUAAUCACUAAUUCUCACAACCUUUGGAAACUGCAAUUAGAGACCUUUUCUGCUUAUAAGCUGUGUGUAUAGAAACAUCAUUUUUCUUGAAGAAAUAGCAUUUUCUACAUAGAAACCAAUAUUGCUGCAUAGAAAAAUGUUAUUCUUUCUGUGUGGAAUAAAGCCUGAACACUCAGGAUUCUGUUCAAUUCACUCAACACGCAGGAAAAGAAUUUUUCAACCAUUUUUGAAUAUUUAAAGAUAUUCUUUUCAGCCCCAUCCUUUAAACAUUCUGGAUCUUCCUUCCAAUACAUACUGAAAACAUGAAUAAGGAUGCUCAUCUGAGGUAGUCAUCAUGAAAGCAUAACGAAGAGAUAUGCCUCUAGGCACAGUUCUUUGGAUUGCUUAACAAAAUCCAAAAAUAAUCUGUUACCCAGAAAAGACAAGAUUCUGGCAUAAGAAAAGAGAACUGAAAUCCAGCCAUGUGCCUCUAUUUAACACAAGACACAGUACAAUCUAUUAUAUGACUUGUACACCUCGAGGCACAUGUUUACAUUGCUUUUUUGGUGUGCAACGUUUUCCACUAGAUCUUCCACAAAUGUUUUUGACAUAAAUUAUUUAUUUUGGAAUCCUACAAUUUCGUUUUGGGAAACAUAAAAUAUUUCUGUGUUCAGCUUUGUUUUAUGUUUUGGAAAGAGUUAAUAAUAUAUGUCUUCAAUGUCAGAAGGAUUUUUUUCAUUUAUACAUUAAUUAAAACUCAAUUUUCUUAAUUCCUUGCAGUAUUUAUGAACUGUAUAUAAUGAAGUCCUUUAGCUUUUUGUGUUAUUAACAUCUUUUCAAAAACAGAAAAGUAGCAGCUAUAGACAAAAAACAUACUAUUUUCCACUGGAGUUUACUUGAAUAACGUAAUGGUACUCAUUUCACUGCAAAUUUGGUUUAGAUCUAUGCUCAAUACAAACAUGCAAUUUCUAAAUAUUUUCCCUCUGAAUCUGUUGAGACUCUAAAAACUAUAUACUAUACAACUGUUGAAUCAAAAGAGCUACUUUUGUAUUAUUUCAGCUACUUGGAAUGAGAUUUAUGUCAUAGUUCCCCCUGCAUCACUAGUCAUUUCAUUCAACUGUAUUUUUAAAAGAAGCAAUGUAUAAAUAAUAAAUAUAUUUAAGUUCUUGAAAAUCCAAA